AUUUACAUUAUUUACUGAUGAAAUCACAGGGGAAAACCCUUCAUUGUUUGCACAUUUGCAUCACUAGUCAAGCCUUCAGAGCAGGUGAAAAACCAGUCUGUCCUCUUUGCACUGCACAUUAACCAGGCCUAUAGACUAAAACACAUGUUCAAUAUGGUUUUAAAAUCUAAGGAUCCCCUUACAUCACUCUCUUCUGAACUCUUAAUAUUAUGGUUCCAUUGUUAUUGCCAGGUCAUUAGUUAAUUUUCACAGUGACAUAACGUUGAUAGUAAUGAGGCCUAACAUCAUUUGGCAACCUGGGAAGCACCUAUGACAUCAGCGAGAAACUCCUCACCCCACCUGUUUUACCUGCUCCACCCUGAGUCCACGCUGUCUCAGGUUUUAAGCAGCACAAGUUUCAUGUGAGGUGACAUUUCAGCCUUGCCAUCUUUGCUUGUCUUUGCUUUGACUUAAAAGACUUGCUUGUAUUACUUUUAGUUCUGAUUUCAAACAGAGAACCUCCAGGUUUGUCCUCCACGAACUCCAGUUCAUCCUCCUCCGUUCCAGCCGGUACCACAUGGCCUCAGCCUGGUCUGAAGAGGAGACCUUUGUCUGCUCAGUAUGCCUGGACACCCUGAAGGACCCGGCUACUCUACCUUGUGGACAUUCAUACUGCUUGGCCUGUAUCCAGAGCCACUGGGAUAAGAAAGACAGCAAGUGUGAGUACAGCUGUCCCCAGUGCAGGCAGGUCUUCAAACCUCGACCCUCCCUGGCCAAGAGCACCUUGCUAGUGGAGGCGAUGGAGAAACUGAGAACCAACAGCCUCAAGCAAAGCUCCUCCGCAGCUGUCUCCUCUGCCCCGCCGUCGACUCCUAUCUACCUGGAGAUCCUACCAGCUAUAGGGCCGCGACAGGGCAGCAUAUACCCUCAGCUUCCCACGGUCGACCCCAUGACCUGCCCUCAACACAACCGACCCCUGGAGCUGUUUUGCCAUGAAGACAAGGAGUGCAUCUGUGAGGUGUGUUGCCAGCAUGGACACCAGGGACACCGUGUGCUCAAACCACAGGAAGAGAGGAAGGAAAGACAGAAAGAGCUGGUUCAGAUGCAGGUAGACAUACAGAAGAGAAUCCAGGAGACUGAGAGGAGGCUUGUGGAGCUCCCACAUGUUGCCCGCCAACACAAGGCCUUGGUGCAGGCUCUGGAGCAAGAGAGCACAGAUUUGUUCUCGGACCUCGUCAAGAGCGUGAACCUAACAGGCAUCCAGAUCGGCGAGGCCCUCGACGCACACGAGACCUCCUUAGGCAGCCGGGUGGAGGGGCAGAUCCACAGACUGGAGCAGGAGGUGGCACCGCUGCGCUGGAAGAGCGAGGAGCUGAGCCGGCUGGCCGACACGCAGGACCACAUCUACUUCUUGAAGAAUUUCCUCACUAUGGUGCCGCCGGGUCAGACUGGUGCCAGAGAAGAGUCAAUACUGAGUCAGGAGGAAGCGGUGGUGGCCUCCGUCCGCUCGGCCACGAAAGAACUGCAAGAGUCAAUACAGGAACUCUGCAAAACCAGUUUGGCCAAGAUCGUCACAAUAGUGAAUCCUGAUAAUGCGGCUUCAACACCCAAUGAUGAAGCAGCAGCAACAGCAGAAACGACAGCAGCAGAUAACAGUGGUCAGGCCACCACACAAAACACAGUGAAUGAGAUGAAGACAGAAUCUCCACCUUUGCCACCUCCACGACCUCAAUGGCAUGACGAUUCAUUAAAACGUCCUGUGAGUCGUCAAGCACCUCCUGUAACAACCGUGGGACUUGUUAAUCCAGAACCAAAGACAAGAGAAGAAAUGCUGAAAUUUCGCUUCGAACCCACGAUGGACGCCAACACGGUGUAUCGCCACGUGCAGCUGUCUGAGGGAGGUCAUAAGGCCACGAUGCGGGCUGAGAACCUGAACCUACCGGACCAUCCUGAGCGCUUCCACUUCUGGAGACAGGUUCUCUGCAGAGAGGCCCUGGGAGGAAGCCCCUACUACUGGGAGGUGGAGUGGACUGGCAAGAAGAUCACCAUCGGCGUGGCCUACAAGGAGAUAGAGCGUAAGGGUUCUGAUGACAACAGCCGUUUGGGCCACAAUACUUUGUCUUGGAGUCUGUACUGGUCGGGGACCGGCUUCUCCUUCUGGCACGACGGCCAGGAAAAACUGCUGGGCUCAACUAAGGCCCGGCGGAUCGGCGUCUAUCUGGACCAGCAUGCGGGGGUUCUGGCCUUUUACCGCAUCACCCACAACCAGGCUGAUCUGAUCCACCAGCACCAGAGCCAGUUCACAGGCCCACUGCACCCAGGGUUCAGGUUCUGGGCAGGAGUAGGAGCUACAGUGGCUGUUUGUCAAUUGGAUUGAGAUGUAUAUGAAGGAUGGGUUGUUGUUUUUUUGUUAUAUAACCUGAUUGUCUGGUUGGAAGCAUGUGACAGUUUAAAUAAGGAAGUAAAUGAGCUAAAUGAGAUAAAUGUUCAGGAAUGUCUGGUUCUCAUAUUAUUCUUUUUGCACCAGCUUUUAUUGGUGUGAUGUAUAUUUUCCAAAAAUGACUUUAUAAGUGAAUAAAAGAGCAGAAAACACA